AUCUAUUUCCAUCUUUCGUCUGCAUGAUCAGCUAUCAAACACCCUGUAUAUGAGAAGAUAUAUUGAUACAUGGAAAUAUUCUUACAUUUUGUAAGAAUAUAAGGAGCCGACGACGGCGGUCGUCGUGGAGCGCAACCUGAAUUUUCAGUUGAAGUGUCGUCCGGACAAUCCGCGGUCGACGAGCGUUCCUACGAGCAACAACAGUCAGUCCCCAGGGUGACUCGUUCGGGCAUGACUCUAAAUUCCGUCACGAAGGUGGUCACGUCGCCGCCCUAUCCUAGCAAUACACCAUGAGCGAGCGGGAAACAGCAACAGCCACCUCGAGGUUCACCGAUACGCGAGCCGAGCAUGAACGACGCUACAGAGCGAGGCUCCGCGAUGCCUUACUCAUGAGAACUUUGAGAAGCCGCAACGGACAGCCAACGUCGUCGCCAUCCUCACUCUGGACACAAGAAGCAAUCACCAGUACCACAACAACAAAGGUUCCUCAUCGAUUCAGCCGAAAACCGCCGCCAACUGCGCCGCUGGCAGCUCGGAGGCACCGAGAGAGACGGGUCCUUCUUGACUGUGCUCCCCGUAUCGACCCCUCGUCUUGAAAUUCUUGUCUUCACUCCGGGUAGACCGAUGCGCACGGUAAACUGAAACGUAGGCAAGUGCAGGCGAACAAUUUUCUAGUGUGCCACACUAGACGAUUUAUACCAUACACACAGCAUAUUUAAAUAACGAACACGUCACGAUCCAGAACGCGUAGUGAAGUCUGAAGAGAUUGUUGAAGGCAAAAAUGGUGCUCAGUUUGAGAAGACUCGAUUUCGCCCUGAUCAUCUUCGCUGUUCUAUUCAAUUUUGUUUGAUGUUCCAAAUUCUCAAAAACUCGACGUAAUGAUAUAUAUAUAAGAACAUAUAUUUGAAUGUUAUAUUUUUUCAAUAUAUUUUAUGUAAUAUGAUUUUUCUUUCACCCAUUAUAUAAAAAUAAUAUUUUUCAAUAAGAAUCAUAUAACUUCUAGAUGCUGUUACAUAUAUUGUUAAUAUAAUUUAAUAAAG